AUGGGUGGAUCAGUGAAAGUUGUGCAAUUCAAAGAGCUUGAUAGCGUGGUCCGUCCCUUGAGGUGUGAGGCUUCGAAGCACAUGGACGAGGUUGAAGCUGAAGAACAGCCUAAGCCUUAUUCGGUUUCUGAUGUGCCGUACUUCUCUGCCUUCGUGAAGGAUGGAAAGGUCGUUGAUACAUCAGAACGUGUAGAUCCACCUAGUUUGGCCACUAAAGUUGCUAGGGUUGUUGGGUCAGUUAAGGCUGGAGAACCUGCUGCUCCUGCCAACCUUGACACAGUCCAAGAGUUAGCAAAAGAAACUGGAUCUUCUGAGGAGCAAAUUCAAGCUCAAAAUGGCCUUGAUGAUGCCUUGAAAAGGCGACUGCAGAAGCUGAUUGACUCUAAUCGAGUCAUGCUUUUCAUGAAAGGAACCCCUGAGGAGCCCAAAUGUAGAUUUAGCAAAAUGGCUGUUAACAUUUUUAAGAAACAUAAGGUCGAAUUUGGAAGUUUCGAUCUUCUUACGGACAAUGAAGUCCUGGAGGGGAUACAGAAGUAUUCUAACUG